AUGCAGACCACGCUAAUACUUACAUCAUCACUUGUACUGAUCUUUGCCCUCCUAGCAUACCCUAUUAUCACAACGAUUAACCCUGCACCCAAGAACCCAGAUUGAGCCGUCACCCACGUCAAGACCGCAGUUAGUACUGCAUUUGUGGUGAGCCUGCUACCAAUAUUUAUUUUCUUAGACCAGGGAGUAGAGACUAUUAUUACGACCUGACACUGAAUAAAUACCUCAACCUUUAAUAUCAGCAUCAGCCUGAAGUUUGAUUAUUACUCUAUUAUGUUUACCCCUAUCGCCCUUUACGUAACCUGAUCGAUUCUAGAGUUUGCCUCAUGAUAUAUACAUGCGGACCCCUACAUGAACCGAUUCUUUAAGUAUCUUCUGAUGUUUCUCAUCGCUAUGGUCAUCCUAGUCACCGCUAACAACAUGUUUCAAUUAUUUAUUGGUUGAGAGGGUGUUGGAAUCAUGUCCUUUCUACUAAUUGGGUGAUGGUACGGCCGAGCUGAUGCCAACACCGCGGCCCUCCAGGCUGUUAUUUAUAACCGGGUGGGUGAUAUCGGACUAAUCAUAAGCAUGGCUUGGUUCGCAAUAAACCUAAACUCCUGAGAAAUACAGCAAAUUUUCUCUUUAUCACACAACAUAGACAUAACACUUCCCCUAUUUGGGCUAAUUAUCGCCGCAACAGGGAAGUCGGCACAAUUCGGACUACACCCCUGGCUCCCCUCCGCAAUGGAGGGGCCCACACCAGUAUCUGCCCUGUUACACUCAAGUACAAUAGUCGUAGCCGGGAUUUUCCUCCUCAUCCGACUUCACCCCCUCACUCAGUCAAACCAGACGGCAUUAACCACCUGCCUUUGUCUGGGUGCACUAACUACCCUAUUUACGGCGACAUGCGCUCUUACCCAGAACGACAUCAAGAAAAUUGUAGCAUUCUCUACUUCAAGCCAACUAGGCCUGAUAAUGGUCACUAUUGGCCUAAACCAACCCCAACUGGCAUUUCUGCACAUCUGCACCCAUGCAUUUUUUAAAGCAAUACUCUUCCUGUGCUCCGGCUCCAUUAUUCACAGCCUAAAUGACGAACAAGACAUUCGAAAGAUGGGGGGACUACACAACCUCGCACCCUUUACCUCUACUUGUCUAACUAUCGGCAGCCUGGCCCUCACAGGGACCCCCUUCUUAGCGGGCUUCUUCUCCAAAGAUGCAAUCAUUGAAGCCCUUAAUAACUCCUACCUAAACGCCUGAGCCCUGAUCCUUACGCUAAUCGCGACUUCCUUUACUGCCGUUUAUAGCUUCCGAGUUGUCUUCUUCGUCGCCAUGGGGACACCCCGAUUCCUACCUCUAUCACCCAUCAACGAGAACGACCCGGCAGUAAUUAACCCAAUCAAGCGACUCGCCUGGGGGAGUAUCGUGGCGGGUUUAAUCCUCACCUCAAAUACUAUUCCAACGAAGACCCCUAUUAUAACCAUGCCGCCCCUCCUAAAACUGGCUGCCCUUGUCGUCACGAUUAUUGGCCUUUUAACGGCCAUUGAACUAGCUACACUUACCUCAAAACAAUUUAAAACUACCCCUAAUAUUAAGCUCCAUAAUUUCUCAAAUAUACUAGGUCACUUCCCUGCAACGGUUCACCGGGCGGCCCCUAAGAUAAACCUAGUUUUAGGACAAACAAUGGCCAAUCAACUGGUUGACCAGUCCUGAUUCGAAGGCUCCGGGCCCAAGGGCCUGGCCUCAAUCCAAAUGAAGAUGGCCACUGUUACAAGUAAUGCCCAGCGAGGUAUUAUUAAAACCUAUCUAUUGGUGUUCCUGGUUACCUUAACUUUGGCAGUCCUCCUUGCUGCAAGCUAG